GAUGGGAAUUUCCGAGCCCGUAUUGUGUGUCGUGUCUGUAUCCUGAACUCAGCUCGAUUUCAGCGCAGGAUAUUCGUUUAAACUCCGGGAGAUGGCGAUGCCGAUGUCGAUGCCCGAGCACGAUGCCGCUCUGCUCCUCUGCUUCUGAUGCUGGCCAAACGAUGAGAAUUUCCCCAUUUUCAGUCUUCGUUUGACGAGCGACGUGCGCGCAAGUAUUUAGCGUAAAGACGCGGAUGGACGGACCGCCAGAGAAAGAGCAACAAAACAGUACAAUAAACCAAGAACAGCCAGAGCCAGAGCAAGAGCACGGGCUUGGAAAAAUGUUACAACAACAGCAGCAUCCACAGCAUUCACGGGUGGCAGCAUUCAGAAGCAAAUGAAAAGCGGAGUGAAAACGUGAACAUUUUCCUAGUGUAAAACGUGCAAAGUUUUGACGAUUUGAUUUUCAUUUCGGGCGGAUAAUUUUUGAGAAACUGGAAUUUUGUUCUGCUGCAAAUUUUCACAGCAGAAUUGAAAAUUCUCAUUCACCUCAUCAAAAAACGAAUACGAGAAAAAACGAGUAAAAAAGUGUGAGCUAUGAUUUUCCCGGGAGUCACAAAUCAUCAAGCACAUCACCCGUAGGGGAGCCACAACCAACAACAACACACGGAUAAGUGCCACAGCAAUGUGUUGCUUGCAUUUGAAGAACUUUAAAUGCGGCCAUCCGCGCUCAUUGAAAUCCACGAAAAGUUAAGAACAGAUCCAUCGAACAGAGUCCGGCCAGGAUCCAGCCAAGAUACACUCACCCCACACUCACUCUCAAUCACUCACUAGAGGACUCUCGCUCCACACAGCACCCUACUCUCCACCCACAAGAAACAGCCCGCUCCAGUAGGCGGAAACUGACACGGACACGGUCAGAGUGGGAUUUGGGGGAUCUGGGAUCCGAUUAGGAUGCCCCGGCUAAAGCAACAGGGUUGGGCCUGGCUGCUGCUGGUACUGGCCAUUUGGGUGGGCGUGGGCCCGGGACCGGGUCCGGGUCCAGCUCUCGCCCAACGACCACUGCUCGCCAACCACACCUUCAACGCGCUGUCCAACUACAACAACAACAACUGGGGGCCGGGCGGCAAGCAGCUGCGGAAUGGGAGGGUGCACGAACAGCCCCUACCUCUACCACAGCCACAGCCCACGGUGACGGGAAUCUACGAUGAUUACGAGGGGGAGGCUGGCUCUCGACCACCACCGGCUGGCGGGCGACGGGAGACGCGACGCCGCCAAAAUCUUGCCCGACGAGGCAUGGAGUCACUGCGCAAGGAGCUGAUGAAGCCAUCGGUGGGUGGUCCCGGUGGAGGCCUCUCCGGCAGCAGUGCCGGAUAUCCCUCCUACUCCGGUACUUCUUCGAUAGGCCGCAUUGACGGCCUCGGUCUGGGUAUGGGCUCCGCGGAUCGCUAUGGGGAGCAGCUACGUCAGCCGAGCGGCGCAGCGGCCAUGACAGCCGGACCCGUGGUGGGACCUUACUCCACCCGCUUUCCCCCGCUCUACGCUGGCGUGGACGAGCAGCAGCCGAAGCGAAUGUACUCGCGCAAGAACUCCAUCAGCGAGCUCUACAAGCUGAAGAAGAGCCUCAACCAGGCGGACGAGCCCGCUGGCGGAGUCACCCAUGGCAACUUUGAAGGCGAUCCCGUGGUCAGCCCCCAGGGGGUGCCCGUGGAUCUGAUACAAGAGAUCAAGGAUCGCAUCAGGGACACGGAACCCAAUGCGAACACAUAUUCAACCCACACGGAGUCCACUCCAUCCUCGGAGUACGAGUACGAGCUGGGGGUCAAGUGCAACUUUGAGACGCCCUGCAGCUGGUCCUGGGUGGACUACCCGGACGGCUUCCAGGUGAUGACCGGCACGGAGCUGGCGAAGCGGAACAUGACGGGUCUCCUACCAGGGCCAGUGGCCGACAGCAUCGACGACGCCAACGGACACUUUCUGUACGCCCGCGUUCAGCCCAGCACCAAGCCCCUGAAUCUCACUUCUCCGGAGUUCAGCACUACCAUGGAGAAGUGCUUCCUGGAGGUGUACAUGCACCAGAGCGAUAUGAGCCACGGCCUGUCCCGCGUGGUGGUUGAGCCACUCCACACGCAGGAGAGCAGCUGGGUGCCGGCCGAGAUCCAGGGCGACAACUUUCGCACGUGGACGCGCAAGGUGUAUCGCCUGGGGCGUAUCUCCCGCGACUUCCGCAUAGUGUUCGAGAUCGUGCCGGACUUGAAGGCCGGACAGAAGGGCCAUGUGGCGUUGGACAAUCUGCGGAUGGUGAACUGCUUUCCAGAGGGCACCAAGUCGGAGAAAUGCAGUACGUCGCAGGUCAAGUGCACAAACAACAGAGUGCCCGUUUGCAUCCAUCUGCCACGCGUCUGCGACAUUACACGUGACUGCGACGAAGCGGAAGACGAGCAUCAGUCAUGCGACAAAAUACCUUAUGGCGGUCGCUGCGAUUUCGAGGAGGACUGGUGCGGCUGGCGCGACUCGGGCAAGACUACUCUCACCUGGUCGCGCCACACGGGCUCGUCACCCACUCACGACACGGGGCCCGAUGGGGAUCAUACCCUGCAGCACUUGUUGAACAACACCAGCGGCUACUAUAUGCUGGUCAACAUGAAUCAGCACAUGAACGAUACGGAGAAGAACUCGAUAAUCGGCUUUGCCAGCAAUGCCAUCAUGCUGAGCAAGACGUUCAAUCCGCCGCCAUCGGUGCACGGAAAUCCGGACUCCCCGUACCGGAACUCCUGUGUCGUGCGGUUCUUCAUCCAUCAGUUCGGCAAGAAUCCCGGCAGCAUAAACCUCUCCGUGGUGGAGAUGAAGGAGAAGGAGAACAUAACCACCACGCUCUGGUGGAGCACCAAAAACCAGGGCAGCGAUUGGCUGAGAGCCGAGUACGUCCUGCCCAAUAUUACGUCCAAAUACUAUCUUCAGUUUGAGGCCCGAAUGGGCAUGAGAAUCUACUCGGAUGUGGCCGUGGAUGACUUUUCCCUGAGCCCCGAGUGCUUUGGCCUCAACAUUCCCGAGGAGCACCUCAAUGGCUACAACUAUUGGGAUGUGCGACAGAACCUCAAGAGUCCCACCUACCGAGACUUUGAAUAUACCAAUUACCUGGAGCUAACCAGCUGCGAUACUCGGGGCAUGAUAGGGCCCACUCAAUCGCAGUGCGAGAGCGCCUACAAGGAGCAGAACAAGACCCACAUUCUGCGAGAGGUGCAUGUGGUCGAGGAUCAGAGCAGCUACAAGGGCAUGCAGAAGUGGAAGGUGCCCAACGAGGGGCACUACACAAUCAUUGCCAAGGGAGCCAGUGGAGGACUCGGAUCGGGUGGCGUGGGCAGUUCUCGCGGAUCUGUUGCCGUGGCUGUGCUGGAGCUGCACAAGAACGAGGAGCUCUACUUUCUGAUUGGCCAGCAAGGCGAGAACGCAUGCAUCAAGUCCAUGGGCGCGCUGAAGGAGGCCGGCUGUGGCACUGACCACGACCUGGAUCUUGCACAGUAUAGCUUCCGAUCCAAACAGGACAUGGUCAAGAACAUUUACAUUGAGAACGGCGCCGGUGGUGGUGGCGGUGGUUCUUUUGUCUUCCUGUUGAAUCAGGCCAAGAAUGAGGCUGUGCCGCUUCUGGUGGCCGGCGGAGGGGGAGGCCUGGGCAUUGGCCAGUACAUAGACGAGGACUUCCAGCACGGCCAGAAGGCGAAGCCACUGCAGGCGCCGGAGAGUGGACAGAUCAAUGGCGAGCCGCUGAACAAGAAGACAGCCGGACCAGGAGGCGGCUGGCGGGCCAAGGAGGAUCAGGCUCUGAGUCCCACCAAUGGGGCUGCCCUGCUGCAAGGCGGUCGCGGCGGACACUCCUGCUAUGUAGAGCUGGCUGACAAUGGCACCACUGUCCAUCGCCAUGGCCAGGGCGGAUUCGGAGGCGGCGGAGGUGGCUGCAACACGGGCGGCGGAGGCGGCGGCUAUGCCGGCGGCGAUGUUUAUCUGAACGAGUCAAACGGUGAGGGCGGUAGCUCGUACAUAAGCGCCUCCCGCAGCCUGCGGGAGAUUGGUGACGUGUAUGCGGGGGCCAGUAGUGGCCCGGGAUCCGUCAUCAUCAUACCGGCAAUCGAGGGCUGUGGCUGCGACUACCGAUGCGUGGCCAUGGACGAGUUCCGGUCGAAGGUGCGCUGCAUAUGUCCGGACGGCUGGAGCCUGAAAAAGGACAACAACACGGCCUGCGAGAUCCGCGAGGAGGCGGGCAAGUCCUCCUUCCAACACCUGGUCUCCAUACUGAUAUUUUCAUUGGCAGUGCUCUUUUUCUGCAUAGCGGCCCUCAUCUUUAUGCUAUACAAUCGCUAUCAGCGCAAGAAGCAGACCAAGAAGCGCCACAAAAUGCUCGUAGAGCAGGACCUGCAGCUGACGAGACUGCGCCACAACAUCGACGACUCGAACCUGAACAACUUCAAUCCGAACUACGGCUGCGACGCCAUUCUUAACGGCCACAUCGAUGUGAACAGCCUGCCGCAGGUGGGGCGCGACAGUCUCCAGUUGGUCAAUGCUCUGGGCAAGGGAGCCUUUGGUGAGGUCUACAUGGCUCUGUACCGCCAUCGCGAUGGUGAUGCCGUGGAGAUGGGCGUGGCGGUGAAGACCCUGCGCGAGGAUCCAAAGCGUGAGAAGGAGGAGGACUUCCUCAAGGAAGCGGCCAUCAUGGCUAAGUUCAACCACCCCAAUAUGGUGCACCUGAUCGGUGUCUGCUUCGACCGGCAGCCUUACUACAUUGUCCUGGAGCUGCUGGCCGGUGGGGAUCUGCAGAAGUUCCUGCGCGAGAAUCGGAACACACCGGAGAGGCCUUCGCUCCUAACCAUGAAGGACCUGCUAUUCUGCGCCCUGGACGUGGCCAAGGGCUGUCGCUACAUGGAGAGCAAGCGGUUCAUCCAUCGCGACAUCGCCGCCCGCAACUGUUUGCUAAGCAGCAAGGGGCCAGGUCGCGUGGUGAAGAUUGCGGACUUUGGGAUGUCGCGGGACAUCUACAGAUCGGACUACUACCGGAAGGGCGGCAAGGCGAUGCUGCCGAUCAAGUGGAUGCCCCCGGAGGCCUUCCUCGACGGCAUCUUCACCUCCAAGACGGACGUGUGGUCCUUUGGCAUCCUGCUGUGGGAGGUCUUCAGCCUAGGGCGCUCCCCGUAUCCGGGCCAACACAACACCCAGGUGAUGGAGCUCGUGGUGCGAGGCGGUCGCCUGGGUACCCCAACCGAAUGUCCCGUCUCUAUAUACAAGAUCAUGGCCGACUGCUGGAACCCGACGCCGGAGGACCGUCCCACAUUUACCAGCCUGAUGGAACACCUGACCAGCUGCUCCCAGGAUCCGAGCAUCAUGAACGCGCCGCUACCCAAUAUCCUGGGAUCGACGUCCUCCGACCGCGACGACACCAUCAUCCGCCCACCCAAUGGCGAAGAGUUCUGCCUGGCCGUACCUGAUUACCUGGUCCCCCUUCCCAGCCAUCUCGCGCAGCACUUGCCCAGCGGCUCCGCCUACAUCCCGCCCCAGCGCAAGCAGGCGAGCGCCAGCGCGUGCACUCCACCAGCGGUAUCCUCGCCAGCGACGCCCCAUCCCAAGCCGGUCGUCCUGCAUGACCAGCAGUUGGAGACCUCUUUCAUCUUGCCCAACUCAAAAAGUGACCAGCCCCUACUGGCCGCUGGAGCGCCCAUCACCACCACGGCGCCCAUUAGCGUCCCCACCCCACCCAAAGCCGCCUCUCCACUUCUACCCCCAGCAGCGAAACAGAAACCGGCCGCCGAGCAAGAUGCCGCAGAGGGUGUCGUCGAUAGCCAAACUCACGACCAUGAGGGAAAGCUUAUCAGUCUGGACACGCCGCAACCGACGCCGACGAGUAUCACACCGCCGCAGUGCUUCGCCUCUCAGCUAGAUGGGAUCACCCUGGAUCCAUCGACCCUGGCCAAGAGCCUACCCAAUGGCCUACCGCCGGGCAAGCAGUCGUACGCCAAUGUCCAGGUAAAGGGCGAGCCGGAACCGAAGGCCAUGACCAAUGGCAAUGGCAAUGGCGCUGUUGUUAAUGGGGAAAGUCCGACAGCUGCGGGUGCUGCCGGGGACCGGGAUCCCCCCUUCACCAUCCAGGGCUACGCGGAGCGGUACAAGGACAACAACAAUCAUUCCGAAAUCAGUUGCUAGACAAAAGGUGUCUCGCCGCCGGCCACAGGGUGAAGCUGUCCGUACCGUACCACGAUAUCGUACGAUCCCGUACGAUCCACAAUUUGUUCGCGUUUCACGAAACUUAUUGCUUGGUCUGAUUGAUUCAAUCGGGGAAAUCUUUAACAGAAAACAGAAAACAAAUCGAGUGAGAACUUCACAAAAAUAUUGUAUUGCAAUUAAAGCGUAAAUUUGUAUUGUACGAAAAUAGAGAACCGCUGAGGAAACUCCGUGAAAGCAAGUGAAAAUACACACAUUAAUUAGUUGAAAAAUUAGUUUAGUUUUGUACCAGACAUUAGUUUGCCAAAAAAAAGAGAAAAACAAAAAGGAAUUAACAUAAAUUUGCGAGAGGUUGUAUAUAUCAAUUGAGUAUAAUAUUAGUGCAUAUAUUGUUUGAUGUACCCUUAGGUUUUUUUUGUCCAUCUUUUUAGUUUACCCUUAGUUUCGUUUUAAGCUGAUGACUGAAAUGCCAAACAAUAUUCCUAAAAUAUAACAAAGCGUGACCGAGAGAGAACGAGAAGAAAGAGUUCGAUUAUUUUUUAUACGCAGUCCAGAGGAUCGGGAACCAAUACAAAGCCAACUCAAAGUAGUUCAAAGUUCAAAGCAGGACACACACCACCCACACUCUCUUAUAGUCUUUGAUUUCUUUAUGAUGCUAAGUUUUAUCCUAACGAACUUGUAAAUACCAAAUAAAAACCAACCAACAAAAGCUUCCGUCGUAGCGAAUCACGUUUAUUGAAUGUAUUUGUAUUUAUAUUAGAUUAAGAGAUAAACCAAAACAAAAACACAUAGCGUGUAAACGAGUAAGCGAGUAAACGAUAGAUCGAAAACGAAUACAAUUUACAGGGUGAUUUUUAUGAAAAUUCAGUUGUAUGUUUGAAAAACAGAAAAUUAGCAUUAACGAGGUAACAACCCCGAUCGAGGAGUUGUGCGACCUUUGGUUGUGCAACAUGCUCUCAGCACAGCCCUGUAUUUGUUCAUCAUUAUAAAAUGGUUCUGUUCGAGAUUCGAAAUUCGAGAUUCGAAAUUUGAGAUUUUGUACAUUUAGUUGGAACGUAACAAACAAGCUUUAAAUUAUAUAAUUUUUAUAAAGAUAUAUAAACGGAUAUACAAGUGAGGCGACAACAUUAUAUUAAACAACAAAAAAAAAAACAAACAAACAAAAAGAAAAAUGAAUACAAUUAUACAAGAUCAAGUGACAUAUGGCUCAUCAUAUAGUAUAUGUAUGUGUAUAUCUAUACCUAGAUCUAAGAAAAUUGAGAUAAACCGAAAAAAAUCGAAAAACGAGAAAUACAUACACACAUAUACAUAUAUAUAUAUACGCAUAUAUAUAUAUACAUAUAUAUAUAUAUAAUUAUAUAUAUAGAAAAAAUACCGCUACAUAUAGUACUUAUGUAAGACGGAUAGCGUUAACGUUAUCAUAAUCGUUAAGAUGAACAUUAUGUCUAUGUUUCGCUUUGUGUACCAGUCUCCAGUUAUACAUACAUAUAUGCGCAUACAUUUACAUAUACACAUGGGAAGCAUACUCUCGUACUCGUACUCGUAUACAUAGCUAUACGUAUGAUACUAUUAUAUCCAGCUAAUAUAUCUAACUAUUAUAUACAUACAUGCAUACAUACAUAUAUAAACGAUAAACCCCGACAAGCCGUGAAUUAAUGCUGAAUGCUAAAUGCUGAGUACGCGGAAACCCAAAUCGGAAUACCUGUAUCUGUAAAUUAGACUUCUAAUUACUAUACAACAACACAUACAUUUUACAGGAACGAUUACUCGAAGGAUUGAAAUUCCAUUCCCAGUUCCCAAUUCCCAUUGAAAAACUGUACAAAACCAAACGGAAUGGAAAGGAAUAUCGAUACAAAUUGAAUAUCGAAAUAAAAACUUACAAAACAUAAACCAAAUGUAUCGAAGGCUCAAUGGUAUAUGUUGUAUAUGAAGGGCACUAUGCAUACAUAUACGAGUAUGUAUAUACAAUUGAUCCUCAGUAUCCACAGCAUACACUUAGUAUUUAGUUUAACCUACAACCUACGCAACGAAACGAAACAGUAUUCUUUCGGUUGUUGCUCAUUUAUCGUAUACAUUGUAUCGUAUCGUGUGUAUCUACUAUGGUUGUGCCGAUUACACAUCUCUAGGAGAUCUUUGCUGCUCAGUGAAGGAGAGUCAGUCCGAUAUACAAACAUACACCACAGACCGUAUACCCACAUUAUACGCAUUUUUGUACCCUGAUGACCUUAAGAUUACCUUGUGUACCUAACGUCCAGAACCUGACACACUCACAUACAGAAGAAUUCUUCUCGUACAUACAUACUCGUAUGUAUAACCACGGUGCAGAACAGAUAGUUAUUGAUUGAUUUAAUCGUUAAUCGAUUGUUUCGAAAUUGUUUGGUUCUAUAGCUGAUAACAUUCUUGACACCAGUUUGAUUCUUCGGUUCGAUUCGCCGUUUAUUAUUGUGGAACCAAGAUUAGAAUGGAAAAUUCUGAGCUUAGCUCAAUGUUGAUUGUUGGAAGAUGUUGCAUUCAAUAGCUCGUUACCUCAAUAGCCUGGCUGACCAAGGAACUUUUAUCCAUACGGAUAGAAAUGUUCUAGUCAGGUGCGCCAAAAUAUUGAUGAUUAUUUCGAUAGUUCAGGUUGAUUCUUCAGGAAUCCCCAAGUUCAAUAUUCUUAUUGGCUUUAUAGCAAUAGCACCACUUUGAUUGCUUUGAACGGGAACGACAUUCCAACCAAUAUAUCAGUAGCUUCGAACACACACACAAUUUAUUUCUCCACAAUAAAAAUUCGCAACGAAAUUUAGAAAAAAUGAAACAAAGAACUACAAAUAAAAUAUUAACCCAUUAAAAACAAAAACCUAUUUAUGUAAUGGAGUAAACGUAUAAAUGUACUCGAAAAUAAAUCCAAUAAAUAAUAUUUUUAUAUAUUGAAGUAAAAUCCAAAAAAAAAAAAAAAAAC